AUGGAUCGACAUGACCCCAUAGUCGAUGACACGCCGAACAAGAGGAGGAGAUUGAAUCACGAGAGCAGCAAGAGCGGGAAGGCAUGGGACUCGCAAGAUGACAGCGGCGAAGAGUUCACCGAAGAUGACUUCCACACGGUGGCUACAAUGCCUGCGACAGACACACAGAAGAGGAGGUUUGCCUAUAACGCUUCACAACUGCGCAGUGAUUUAGGUGGAGGGUAUGCUCAGACCUCGUCGCAGCAGUCAUACACAACACAGCCAACGCAGACCUUGCAUCGAGCGACUCAGCCAACCCAGCCGCUGUCCUCGAUGAAUGAGGUUCAGGUUGAGCGGUCCUCGCCCUUGGGACCCAGCAAUUCCACGCAGACACAGACGCAAAAGCCCGUCCCUCGACCGCAGUUCUCAAGGCCUACUGGAGUUUUGGCAAACGCAAUGGCUCCUCCGGGCACAACCUUCCGCCGACCUGUCAACGCGCAGCCCAAGCCAGCAGCGAUCAAUCUGGACAGCGAUGAGGAUGACCCACCUGUUGAGCACAGUGACGAUGAGACGCAAGGACUCAGUUCAACCAUCAAGCCUACAAAUUUCACGAGGGGCGGCCGAAAUCUGAAUUCGUCGCCGAAUCGAGUACAGGAAUCUCCGCGACCUGUACCGUUGAACUUCUCACGACCCGCAACGCUUCCUGUCAAGUCAAACAAUGCCUUCACGAACCUGCUUGGUGAGUUCGGCUAUCAGCCAUCUGCACCCCAGCAGGCGCGACCUGCAGACGACAUGGCCAGUGCAUACGGCAAUGCAAGGGGUCCUAGACCACCACAACAGCCUAUGAGGCAAAAUGGACCUGCUCGUGCACUAGCUCCAAAGGCACCGGCAGUUCAAUAUAAGACCCUCGACGACAUUCCCGACUAUUUAAUGCGAGACAAGGUUCGGCGGAUGAAAGAUAUUCUCGCGGAGUUGGUAACUGUUGACGACUGCAUGAAUGCUCUUAUCAAGAAGAAAGGAAAUCAGCAGGAUGCCAUGGACUACCUUGCAGAUCAGGAGGCAAACAAGCCAGAUGAGCUAUCGUCGAUGAGCCCCAUACAGAGGAAGGGUGUUGCGAAGCCUACAUCGCAGUCACAGUCGCAGUCGCAAUCUCAGUCCUCGCAGCCAGUACGGUCUAUGGCCAAACAGACUGUACAAGCACCCGCCAAGUCAAUCGCUGAGAAGUACCGUCGAGGGUCUGCCAAAGCCACAAUCGUUGACUCGGAUGAAGACGAGGACGAGGACGAGGACGUCAAGCCGAAGCGAGGUCGUAUCAUCCAAGGUCGCAAGCCAACGAUGUCCAGCAGUCCGCCUUCCUCGCCACCGCCAAGGUCACGGCUUCACAAUAAGAAGACGAUCACCAUCGACUCAGAUUCAGAAGGUGAUUCGGGCAUCGUUCGUGAUGAACCUCAGCCGCCUAUCAGAAAACUCGCCCCGAAGCCGACCAAGCACGUCAGCGCAGAGGAGAUCCAAGCCAGCCUGCAGGACAUGCGCGACCAGAGACUUCUGAAGCUGAUGAAUGAGUCUACUGCACAUGCCCUGUCUGAGGUCUGCGGGCAGUCUAAAGAUGUAAUUCAAUUCGUGCUCGAUCACAGGCCUUUCCAAACUCUGGACGAUGUCAGCGCUGUGGUGAAGGAGAACCUCACCAAGACGGGCAAGAAAUCCAAGAAGACUACUCCUGUCGGAGAGAAGCUCGUCGACGACUGCCGGGAGGUCAUGACAGGCUACGAUGCCAUCGAUGAGCUGGUUGUAGAGUGUGAGAAGAUCGCCCAACCGGUGCAAGAGGCCUUGCGUGGUUGGGGUGCUGGGGAGACCGACGGCGAGCUACAGCUGAUGAAACUCGAUGAGGUUCAUGACUCCGGCAUUGGUACCCCAGCAAGUUCGUGUGCGCCAGACGACGCGCCUCAGAAGGCGUCCAAGCCCAAGGGCAACUUCUUCGGCCAGCCCUCGAACAUGAACCCAGAAAUGACGAUGAAGGACUACCAGCUCGUGGGAUUGAAUUGGCUCUGUCUGCUAUUCAAGAAGAAACUUUCGUGCAUUCUCGCCGACGACAUGGGACUUGGAAAGACGUGCCAGAUCAUUGCCUUCUUGUCGCAUUUGCAACUGCAAAAGGUCGAUGGCGUGCAUCUCAUCAUCGUGCCUGGGUCGACCCUCGAGAACUGGCUACGAGAGUUUGAGCGCUUCUCGCCGGGGCUCAACAUCAUUCCGUACUAUGGCAAGCAGGCGGAACGAGCGGAGCUGCGGUACAACAUUGAGCAAGACUGGGGAACAAUCGAUGCUAUCGUCACGACCUACGACAUGAUUGUCAGUAAGGAGGACAAUGCCUUCUUCCGUGCGCAAGGACCUUUCUCGUGCUGUAUCUACGAUGAAGCACACGCUCUGCGAAACCCAAACUCGCAGCGAUAUCAGCAACUUGUCAGGAUCAAGGCUGACUUCAAAGUACUGCUGACCGGCACGCCGCUGCAGAACAACUUGCAGGAGCUGAUUGCGAUUCUGGCCUUCAUUAUGCCGGAGAUGUUCCAAGAGAAGAGAGAUGAUCUGGAAUACAUCUUCAAACACAAGGCCAGCACCAAGGACACUGCCAGUGCAGCCCUCCUUUCCAACGACAGAAUCAGCAGAGCUAGGACCAUGAUGACCCCCUUCAUCCUUCGCCGUAAGAAGCACCAAGUCCUCGAACUACCGACAAAGACUACUCGAGUCGAGUACUGCGACAUGACCGAUUCCCAAGCCAACUUCUAUGCCGAUGUCAUGGACGAUGCCCAUCAGUUCUACAAUCAAAAGGCGGCUGGUGCCAUUAAGGGCUCGGCAAAGAAGACUUCGAAUGUCAUUAUGGCACUGCGAAAAGCAGCGAUCCACCCUCUUCUCUCCCGUCGAAUCUACGACGACAAGAAGCUCGAUAAGAUUGUAGCUGCUCUGUCGAAGUCGGAUGAAUUCGGCGGCAACCCUCCAGACAAGAUUCGGGCGUAUCUCGAUGGAGAGGCCGCUCAAAGCUUGAAGGGCGGUGACUUCCAGCUUCAUCGCUUCUGCUACGAGCGGGAUUUCCUGCGCAAAAAGUUCGCCCUUAAGCGUGAUCAAUGGAUGGACUCGGGCAAGGCGAAGAAGUUUGCGGAGCUGGUCAAGCAAUACGCAGACAACGGCGAUCGUGUGCUGGUGUUCUCGCAGUUCACGACGUUGAUGGACAUCCUGGAAGCCGUGCUGGAGACUCUGCAGAUCAAGUUCAUGCGACUCGACGGGACCACUCAGAUCCAAGAGCGUCAGGAUAUGAUCGACAAGUUCACCGAAGACACCUCCAUCACCGUCUUUAUGCUCUCAACUCGAGCUGGAGGCGCUGGCAUUAACUUGGCGGCUGCGAAUAAGGUCAUAAUCCACGACAGUGGCUUUAACCCACAGGACGACAUCCAGGCGGAGAACCGAGCCCACCGUGUCGGGCAGACCCGCGAAGUCGAGGUCGUACGACUCGUGUCAAGAGGAACGAUCGAGGAGUCCAUCCACGCCCUCGGAGAGUCCAAGCUUGCGCUCGACGAUCGGGUGGCUGGCGGCGAUGGGGAGAAGGAAGCAGACAAAGUCGGCGAACAGAUGGUUGAGCAGAUGCUAGCCGACAAGCUCAGCUGCAAUAUUACAGCCAAUGGUGAAGGCAACACCAAGGGCGAUGGCGAUCUCAAGGACGUGUUCAAGCAAGGCUUGGAAGGAGAAGGACUGAAGGUGUCGUCGAAGCAGGCACAGUUUUGA